GAUGUAACAACGGUAUCAACCUUAAAAUCUAGUAUGACGUUUAUUAUACAGGCAGUUGCUUGCGUUGUAUCAAAAUACUGUGCUCUUAGUGAUUGGCUUAGACAAAUAUUAAAUUAAAUUUCAAUCGAAUUAGAAAAAGACCGAUUAUUCUUGUACUUUACAAGUUGUACCAUCAAGCUGUAAGAAGCACGAUGACGGAUCCAACAGGGUUACGAAUGAACGUGGCCGCUCUGAAACGAGUAGAUCCCUAUGUAAAAGAUAUUCUGGAAACUGCGACACACGUAGCACUUUAUACUUUUAAUGCAGUUAAUCAUGAGUGGGAAAAAACUAAUAUUGAAGGUGCUCUGUUCGUAUAUUCGCGAAGUGGCGAGCCCUAUAACAGUGUUCUUAUCAUGAAUAGAUUAAAUACAAAUAAUCUAGUAGAACCAGUUACACAAGGUUUGGACUUACAACUUCAAGAGCCUUUUUUACUAUAUAGAAAUUCCAGAUGCAACAUUUAUGGCAUUUGGUUUUAUGAUAAAGAGGAAUGUGUACGAAUUGGUGCAAUGUUGAAUAAGCUUAUUAAAGAAUCAGAAGAGAACCGCAAAACUUACAAUAAACCUGCUGUUAAUGUAAAAAAGGAUUCUGGCCCUAACAUGAACAAUGUUGAUAUAUUUAGUAUGCUUAGUAAAGCUCAAGAGGACUUUAAUAUCAAUAGAAAUAAUAGUAGUAGUGGAGGUGGUAUCAGAGAAAGAUUUAGUACUAAAUCUCCAAUAGGUACUCCUACAACAGAUGAUGUAUCUGGACCACUAGCUGCACCAUUAGGUCCAGAUGUUACUUCACAGAGUGUAAUGGAUUUUUUUGCAAAAGCAAAAGUUAAUACUGGACAUUUCAAGGCUGCAGAUCAGCCUACUCCGGGGGGUACUGUCACAAAUGAAAGUAAACCUUUGCUUGCUCGAUUAAUGUCACACCCAGCAGCUCACACACUUGAACAUAUUGAAAAACAACAUAGAUCUAUAACCCCUCAGCCAGCUACUCAACAACAAUCUCAAACAACUCCAACUGCUAUAUUGACUGCUAACAGUGCUAGUAAUACUACAUCUUUAAACAGAACAAAAAAACAAAGCAGAUCUGUGUCUCAGCAAGAUUCAAUGUUACCUACGCCUCCAUCUUUAACUCUGGAAGCCCUAACACCUAUGAAUCAAAAUACUACCGAUACAAAUGGAACAAUAGGAUUUCUUAGGAUACAAUCACCUACAAAUGCAUCAACUUCUACUUCGACAAAUCAUCAAGCAUCAGAUAUUAUCAGCUCUAGCAGUUCAAAUCCACUUGCAUCUUUGUUUGCUCAUGCAUCUGCGACAACGGCAUCAGAAGAUAUUACGGCCCCCACUCUAUCAGGAAGAGGAUCAGCACCGACAUUAAUUCCUCCUGUUAUGUUCGCUGCUCCUAGUCCACCCGAACCUUUAACUAAACCAUUAGAGCCAUUGACAAAAAAUCAGUUUCUUCGAGCUUUUAAUUAUUUGUUGAAGAGUGACCCGGAUUUUAUCAACAAACUUCACGAAGCUUACGUUAAAUCAUUUGGUGAAAUACUAUCCUAGAACUAUGACUUUGUUAACUGGUAUGGUUGAAACCCGUCAUGCGGGUUGUGACGGCCGACUGAUUUCAUAGUAUCGAGCGAAACCUAGUAUCUCUAUGUUUCCUAAACAUAGAUGGAACACAAUGUCUUGCUCGAAUUUCAAUUGAACUUGACUGGCAGCCCAAUUUUUGGGAAGAUCAAAUCAUAGAUACAAAUAAAGAUACAUACCUUAAACAGUAUUUUUAUAAGCUAAUACACUUUUUUUCUUAAGAAAAAGAGUAAAAUGGAUCAUGAAUGAGCAACAAGGUAUGAAAACAAGUGGAAAUUGUAAAGGGAAUGAAACUAGGAAUAUGAAAAUUGUACGAUUUUAAACUGUGAUGCCAAAACAUUUAUAUUAUACUAACGUUUUAUGGUUACUAUUUCGAAACGAAACGAGACAAAUUUUCUGAGCUAAUAGAUUACCUAUUUUAUGGAAUAAUGACAUACCCUUCCUAUAUAUCGGGUAUCGAUAUGGUAUGUGUAUGUAAUUGAUAAAAGAAGGAAAAUAAACAGACACCGAUUACUGAAAAAUUAUUUCAAUAUAUUUUAAGUCGAUUUUCGUAUCGAUUUAUCCCUCAUGAAUGACACGUUGUAAAACAAAGUCGUGGUACAUAUUUAAUAAUAUAAUUAUCAUACAGUUAUGUCAUACUAUCACAAUAUAAUAAUAUUUAUAUGGAAUAUGAUUAUUAUGUGAGGAGUACACGAUGUACCAGAAUAACUGAUUUCCGGAAAAAAAAGUAUCUUAUACGAUUU